AAAUGUCCCAUGCAGGAAAAAGAAAGGGCCUUAAACAUGGCAGUAGAUGCUUUCUGUAGACUAGUGAAGCAGCAACCUAAUGUAGCACAGUUAGAGACUAAGUUAGUUGAAGCACAUAUUUUUUCUUUUGUUGUUGGGAGAGCCUUUGUAACCGAUGUAGAAAAGCUGAGAAUGUACAGCAGGGGAAGAUGUUUGGAUGUUGAUAAGGUUGUUAGCUUCUUUUCUGAAGUCACAAAGGAUGGUAUCAGCUCAGGUUCAAAUUUAUUGUAUUCUAUAGAAGUUCUUGUUUCAGGGCCAGUUGAUAAACAAUCUUUGUUGGAUUCUGGCAUUUUUUGCUGCCUUAUUCAUAUACUGAACGCUCUUCUGAAUCCUGACGAGUCCAAUCAAACACAAUCUGCAUUUGCACUAGAAGAAUCAAUUCCAAAUGAGGAAAGUAAUACUGGAGAUACAGUGCAAGCAAGGCGCCUUGAGGUGGAGGGAAGCAUAGUACACAUUAUGAAGGCAUUAGCAAGCCAUCCUUCAGCGGCACCAAGUUUAACUGAAGAUGAUUCACUUGAACUUCUUUUUAAUAUGGUAGCAAAUGGUUCUCUGAAAGUGUUUUACCAAUUUAAACAUGGUCUUGUUCCCUUGCAUACCAUCCAGCUUCAUCGACAUGCCAUGCAGAUACUUGGUCUUCUUCUUGUUAAUGAUAAUGGAAGCACAGCUAAAUAUAUACAGAGACAUCAUUUGAUCAAAAUCCUUUUAAUGGCUGUGAGAGAUUUCGAUCUGGAGAAAGGUGAUCCUUCUUACACAAUGGGCAUUGUUGACCUGCUACUUGAAUGUGUGGAAUUGUCAUAUAGACAUGAGGCUGGCCACAUCCGGCUUCGGGAAGACAUACAUAAUGCCCAUGGGUAUCAGUAUCUUGUUCAGUUUGCUUUAAAGCUGUCCAACACACAGAAGAAUCAGUUUGUUCAAUCUUUUAGCGAGAAACCUUCUGCUAGAGAUGAUUCUCAUGCAGACGAUCCUGAUGCAUCUAAUAGCUUGGAAAACCAUAAGUUAGUCAGUGGGGAUUCCUUUCCAGCACAUAUUUCUCCUGUAUUGUCCAGGUUACUUGAUGUUCUUGUUAAUCUGGCACAAACUGGUCCUGCAGAACCUGUUGCUUCUGUUGGUGGGAAAGCUUUGAGAGGGAAGGCUUCAGGGCAUAACAGAAGUCGAACACCUUCUGGUGAUAGGUUUGGUGAUGAGAUGUGGGAAAAGAGUAAUACUAUGGUAAAAGACCUGGAAGCCAUCCAAAUGCUGCAAGAUAUUUUUCUGAAAGUUGACAGUUUAGAGCUGCAGGCGGAGGUGUUAAAUAGAAUGUUUAAACUAUUUUCAAGUCAUCUGGAGAAUUACAGGAUAUGUCAACAGUUGCGAACUGUUCCCCUUUUCAUAUUGAAUAUGGCCGGAUUUCCUGUGUCAUUGCAGGAAAUAAUUCUGAAAAUAUUAGAAUAUGCUGUGACGGUAGUGAAUUGCAUUCCAGAACAAGAAUUGCUUUCACUUUGCUGCUUGUUGCAGCAGCCAAUUACUUCUAGUCUGAAGCACACCAUUCUUGCAUUUUUUGUGAAGCUUCUAUCAUUUGAUCAACAAUACAAGAAAGUCCUAAGGGAAGUUGGUGUUCUAGAGGUGCUAUUAGAUGAUCUUAAACAAAAUAAAUUCCUGUCUGGUGUGGAACAGAAAAAUAAGAUGGCUAGUCUAGAGUGGAAGUCUGGCUCAAACAGUUUUAAGAAACAUAUCGACAAUAAGGAUGCUAUUCUUUCUUCACCCAAAUUGGGGAGUCCUGUUGGGAAACAUCCAAUAUUUGAAGACGAAGGAACAAUUCCUGUAGCAUGGGAUUGCCUUUUUUCGUUAUUAAAGAAAGCUGAAGCGAACCAACAAUCUUUUCGAUCUUCUAACGGCGUGACCAUACUUCUUCCACUGUUGGCAUCAGAAAGCCAUCGUUCCGGGGUCCUGAGGUUGCUGUCAUGUCUGAUAAUAUGUUCCUACCUCUGACAGGCUCACCCGGAAGAAUUAGGGGCACUGAUUGAAAUUCUUAAGAGCGGAAUGGUUACAAGUGCAUCAGGAUCACAAUACAAACUUCAAGAUGAUGCAAAAUGUGACACUUUAGGGUCACUAUGGCGUAUUCUCGGGGCAAAUACUUCAUCACAGAGAGUUUUUGGAGAAGCAACUGGAUUUUCCCUUUUAUUGACAUGUUUACAUAAUAUCCAGAGUGGAACUGAAGGCCUUGAUCCUCAAUCUUGUUUAAUUGCUAAUAUCAAAUUAUUUAGUUAUCUAUUGCGUGUUGUGACAGCUGGAGUGUGCAAUAAUCCCAUUAACAGAUUGCGCCUGCAUGCAAUAAUGUCAUCACAAGCCUUCUAUGAUCUUCUUUGUGAGUCCGGUUUUCUCUGUGUGGACUGCGAGAAGCAAGUUAUUCAGUUGUUUUUGGAGCUAGCACUUGAAAUUGUUGUUUCUCCAUCAAGCGUGGUGCAAGGAAGUGUUUCAUUAUCUGAUACUUUUGAGGAUGAGUCAAGUUUUCUUUCUAGUGCACCACUUGGAGCAUUGAAGCCUGAAAGGGAGCGGGUGUAUAAUGCUAGUUCUGUUGGAGUAUUGAUCCGCUCCUUACUACUCUUUACUCCAAAAGUGCAGCUAGAUCUAUUGAAGUUCAUUGAGAAACUUGUACAUGGUGGCCCCUUCAAUCAGGAAAACCUAACUUCUGUAGGUUGCAUUGGACUACUCCUGGAGACAAUUAACCCAUUUUUGGCUGGUUCAUCUCCAUUGCUCGUGCAUGCUUUGCGUAUCGUGGAGGUUCUUGGUGCUUACAGGCUUUCGUCUUCAGAGCUUCGACUACUUGUAAGAUACAUUCUUCAGAUGAAAGCAAAAAGUUCAGGACAUCUUCUUGUUGAUAUGAUGGAGAACUUAAUUCAAAUGGAAGACAUGCGUUCAGAGAAUGUUGCACUGGCUCCUUUUAUCGAGAUGGACAUGAGCAGAAUUGGUCAUGCUUCUGUUCAGGUAUCCUUAGGGGAAAGAACGUGGCCUCCUGUGGCUGGGUACUCCUUUGUUUGUUGGUUUCAGUAUCACAAUUUCUUAAAAAAUCAAGCUAAAGAGUCAGAAUCCCUGAAGACUGUAUCUUCCAGAAGGUCGACCUCCAGCGGACAUGUGUUGCGUAUAUUUUCGGUUGGAGCAGUUGAUGAUCCAAACACGUUGUAUGCUGAAAUUUAUCUGCAGGACAAUGGUGUCAUAACCCUUUCAACAAGUAACAAUUCUUCUUUGUCAUUUCCUAGUAUAGAAAUGGAGGAAGGAAGGUGGCAUCAUCUUGCUGUUGUUCACAGCAAACCUAAUGCAUUAGCUGGACUCUUCCAAGCCAGUGUAGCAUAUGUUUAUGUUAAUGGAAAGUUAAGGCACACAGGAAAGCUAGGUUAUUCUCCUUCUCCAGUUGGCAAGUCGCUGCAAGUUACUCUAGGUACACCAGUUACACGUGCAAAAAUCACUGACUUGUCAUGGAGGGUACGCUGUUGCUAUCUUUUUGAGGAGGUACUCACGUCCGGAAGCAUUUGUUUCAUGUAUAUCCUUGGUCGAGGAUAUAGAGGGCUAUUUCAAGAUACAGAUCUUCUGAGAUUUGUUCCAAACCAGGCUUGUGGUGGUGGGAGUAUGGCAAUCUUAGAUUCAUUGGAUGUUGAAUCAUCUGUGGUGUCAAAUCCACAGAGAUCUGAUAUUAGUGGUAAACAAGGGAUUCCCAAGGUAGAUGGCAGUGGGAUUGUUUGGGAUUUGGAAAGAUUGUCCAGCCUCUCUUUGCAGCUAUGUGGAAAGAAGCUCAUUUUUGCAUUUGACGGGACAUCCUCUGAAGCAUUUAGGUCAUCCGGCACGUUAUCUAUGCUCAAUCUUGUAGAUCCUCUGUCAGCGGCUGCAUCCCCCAUUGGUGGUAUCCCCCGUUUUGGCCGUCUUAAUGGAGAUAUUUAUAUCUGCAACCAGCGUGUUAUUGGAGACAGUAUACGCACAGUUGGUGGGAUGGCUGUUGUUCUUGCUCUUGUUGAGGCUGCUGAAACUCGUGAUAUGCUGCAGAUGGCAUUGGAGUUACUUGCUUGCGCAUUAGAUCAGAGUCCUCACAAUGUGAUGCAAAUGCAAGCAUUACGAGGUUACCAUUUGCUUGCACUCUUUCUGCAUCGUCGGAUGUCAUUGUUUGAUAUGAAGUCACUUGAGACUUUCUUCCAGAUUGCUGCAUGCGAGGCCUCUUUUUCUGAACCACAAAAAUUGCAAAUAAGCAGAUCUGUAGCUUUCUCUUCCGGAACUUCCCCUGAAGCUAGCUUUGAGGAUCUUUCGUUGGCAAAAUUUCCGGAUGAAAAUUUCUCCGCUGGAUCACAUGGAGAUAUGGAUGAUUUCUCAAUACAGAAGGAUUCAUUCAGUCAUCUUUCAGAGCUUGAGAAUACAGAAGUCACAGAAGAAAAUCCAAGCUGCAUUGUUCUUUCAAAUGCAGAUAUGGUUGAGCAUGUCCUGUUGGACUGGACAUUGUGGGUUACAGCUCCUGUUUCAAUUCAAAUUGCAUUACUUGGCUUUCUUGAGAGGAUGGUAUCCAUGCAUUGGUACAGGAAUCAUAAUCUGACCAUCUUACGUCGGAUAAACCUAGUUCAGCAUUUGCUAGUGACUCUACAACGCGGGGAUGUGGAAGUUCCUGUCUUAGAAAAGUUGGUAGUGUUGCUUGGUGUUAUCCUGGAGGAUGGUUUUUUAGUUUCUGAGUUAGAACUUGUUGUCAGGUUUGUAGUUAUGACAUUUGAUCCUCCUGAACUGAUAAAUCGUUCUCAAAUUGUUCGUGAGACAAUGGGAAAACAUGUAAUUGUAAGAAACAUGUUACUAGAGAUGCUUAUUGACCUACAGGUGACUAUAAAGUCUGAUGAGUUGCUUGAGCAAUGGCAUAAAAUUGUUUCUUCCAAGCUGAUCACAUAUUUUCUUGAUGAAGCCGUGCAUCCAACCAGUAUGAGAUGGGUCAUGACUCUUCUUGGAGUCUGCCUUGCUUCUUCGCCAACAUUUGUUAGCAAAUUCCGCGUUAGUGGAGGUUACCAGGGGCUGAUAAGGGUGCUUCCAAGCUUUUACGAUUCUCCAGAAAUAUACUACAUCCUUUUCUGUCUGAUGUUUGGGAAAGCUGUCUAUCCAAGGGUGCCUGAGGUUCGGAUGCUGGACUUUCAUGCCCUUGUGCCCAAUGAUGGAAAUUGCGGGGAGUUGAAAUUUGCGGAGCUAAUAGAAUCUGUGGUUGCUAUGGCUAAGAAUACAUUUGAUAGAUUGAGCAUGCAAGCAAUGCUCGCCUACCAAAAUGCUAAUCCUUCCCACCUCAAUGGUAGCUUAAUGGCAGAACUUGCAGAAGAAACAGCAGACGUGGUAGGGGAUCUUCAGGGUGAAGCUCUGAUGCAUAAAACUUAUGCAGCACGGUUAAUGGGCGGGGAAGCAGCAGCACCUGCUGCAGUCACCUCAAUAUUACGGUUUAUGGUUGACUUGGCAAAAAUGUCGCCCCCAUUCUCUGCAGCGUGCAGGCGAACAGAGUUUCUGGAAAGCUGCGUGGAUCUUUAUUUUUCAUGUGUCAGGGCUAAUUUGGGGUUGAAAAGGGCAAAAGACCUCUCACCUGCAGUUCCAGAUGAGAGGAACUUGAAUGAUGUUGAUGACAAUAAAAGCUCGCAAACUGCAUUUUCUUGUAUUCCCCAGGAGCAGGAACAGUCUGUCCAAACUUCAGUAAGUGUUGGAAGUUUCCCUCAAGAGCAGAAAAGUACUAGUUCAGAAGAUAUCGUAGCGCAGACAAGCUAUAUUUUGGGUAAUAAUGGUGUGAAAGAAAUAGCUUUACCUCUCCAAGCAUCUAGCGAGACAUUGGUAGAAGAAAAUGGCCAAGUUGCUCAAAAUUCUGAGGAGCAAAGUCUUGGCUUGAUGUCAGUUACUUCUGAUAAAUCUGAACAAAAAAUUCAUACUUCCAAUGGGAUACCAGAUUUCAACCAAACAACGGAUUCGAUUAGUUCUUCCACGAUGAAUAUUCCCACUUCUCCUGUUUUCUCUGAGAAAUCGAAUUCAAAAAUAUCAGUGACACCAAGUGCAUCCCCCGUACUUGCAUUGACAUCUUGGCUCGGUAGCACUGGAAAUAAUAAUGAUGCAAAGGUACAGUCAACUCCUUCCAUGGGUUCUUCAAUGUCUAUGAAUGAUUUUGAUGCAUCGCCUGAUUUAAGAGCAAGUUUCCAAGGAACAGCUUCCUCAAAUGUAAUCUUCCCAGUUACUCCAAGCCUAUUGCUUGACAUUGAUGAUUCAGGAUAUGGAGGUGGUCCUUGUUCUGCUGCAGCUACUGCUGUUUUGGAUUUCAUUGCGGAAGUUCUCGCUGAUAUUAUCUUGGAACAAUUAAAAGCAACCCAAAUAGUGGAGAGCAUUCUAGAGACUGUUCCACUGUAUGUGGAUUCGGAAUCUACUUUAGUCUUCCAGGGUUUGUGUUUAAGUAGAUUGAUGAACUUUCUGGAAAGGCGUCUUCUGCGUGAUGAUGAGGAAGAUGAGAAAAAAUUCGACAAGAGUCGUUGGUCCUUAAACUUAGAGAGUCUAUGUUGGAUGAUUGUAGAUCGGGUAUAUAUGGGUUCCUUCCCUCAGCCAAUUGGAGUGUUAAGAACAUUAGAGUUUCUCUUGUCUAUGUUACAACUUGCUAACAAAGAUGGCCGUGUUGAAGAAGCAGCAGCUUGUGGGAAAGGACUUUUAUCCAUCACAAGGGGAAGCAAGCAACUUGAGUCAUAUGUUCACGCCAUUCUGAAAAAUACCAAUCGCAUGAUCAUGUACUGUUUCCUGCCUUCAUUCCUGGUGUCUAUUGGAGAGGCAGACUUUGUUUCUGGUUUGGGCUUUCAGAUUGAGGGUGAGAAGGGAUCGGUACCGAAAAUAUCACAGGAUGAGUCUGCUAUUGAUAUUUGCACAAUUUUGCAGCUAAUAGUUGCUAACAAGCGACUUAUACUCUGCCCGAGCAAUAUUGAUACCGACUUUGUUUGCUGUCUCUGUAUAAAUCUGAUCUCUCUUCUCACUGAUAAUAGACAGUAUGCUCGAAACAUAGCAGUAGAUAUUAUCAAGCAUCUUCUAUUGCAUCGGCGGCCAGCACUUGAAGACUUGCUUGUCUCUAAACCAAAUCAAGGCCCAAGUCUGGAUGUUCUUCAUGGGGGUUUUGAUAGAUUAUUGACAGGAAAUCCUUCUGCUUUCUUUGAAUGGUUUCAGAAGUUUGAACCAAAUAUCAUUAAGGUUUUGGAGCAAUGUGCUUCAAUUAUGUGGGUACAAUAUGUUGGUGGGUCUGCAAAAUUUCCUGGAGUAAGAAUAAAAGGUAUGGAGAUCCGGAGAAAAAGAGAAAUGGGCAGAAAGUUUCGAGAAGCUUCAAAAUUUGACAUAAAGCAUUGGGAACAAUUGAACGAGAGAAGGUAUGCUCUUGAAUUGGGUCGAGAUUUAAUGUCAACUGAGUUAAGAGUUAUUCGUCAAGAUAAAUAUGGGUGGGUUCUUCAUGCUGAGAGCGAAUGGCAGAGUCAUAUCCAGCAACUUAUACAUGAACGAGGAAUCUUUCCUAUUCGCAAUUCUCCUACGGAACUUGAGUGGAAGCUUUGUCCCAUUGAAGGGCCAUACAGAAUGCGUAAGAAACUAGAACGUUGCAAACUAACAGUUGACAUGAUUCAAAAUGUUCUUACUGGAGGUUUUGAACUGGAUGGAGCAAAUAUUGUCAGCAAAAAUGUUGAGAAUUCUCUAGGCACAUCUGAAACUGACUCAGAUUCAUAUUUAAACAUUCUGUAUGAAGGAACUAAUGAAAGAAGUUUUGAUGAAGGAGAUUUUCCUGGGUCCUCGUUCAAAGAUGAUGAUGGGUUCAAAGUUGAAAACCCUGGAUCAGCUCAGCUUGGGUGGAACGAUGAUCAUUGUAGCAGUAUUAAUGAGCCAAGUUUGCACUCUGCCCAGGAGUUUGGUGCCAAGAGCUCCUAUUCGGUUCCAAUGACGGAAAGCACACAUGCUAGAUCUGAUAUAGCUUCCCCAAGGCAGUCAUCCUCCAUGAGAGUUGAUGAUAUGAGAUUUCCAGAGGAUAAGUCAGAGAAGGAAUUGCAUGACAAUGGGGAAUAUCUUAUAAGACCUUUUCUUGAACCAUCUGAAAAAAUACGUUUCAGAUAUAAUUGUGAACGUGUUGUAGGUCUUGACAAGCAUGAUGGCAUAUUCCUCAUAGGUGAUCUCUGCCUCUAUGUAAUUGAAAACUUUUACAUUGAUGACUCAGGGUGCAUAUGUGAAAAAGAAAAUGAAGAUAACCUUUCUGUGAUUGAUCAAGCUUUGGGUGUGAUAAAGGAUGUGCCAGGCAGCAGUGAAUGCCAAGUAAAGUCACCUUCCUGGGGCAUGACAGUUAAAUCGCUGGCAGGUGGAAGAGCCUGGGCAUACAAUGGAGGUGCAUGGGGAAAGGAGAUGGCCUGCAGUAGUGGUAAUCUUCCUCAUCCCUGGCACAUGUGGAAGCUUGAUAGCAUUCAUGAGCUUCUGAAACGUGAAUAUCAAUUGCGUCCUGUUGCUGUUGAGAUAUUUAGCAUGGAUGGAUGUAAUGAUCUUCUUGUUUUCCAUAAAAAGGAGAGGGAAGAAGUCUUCAAAAACUUGGUUGCAAUGAAUCUCCCACGGAACAGCAUGUUGGACACGACAAUUUCCGGGACUUCUAAACAGGACAACAACGAGGGCAGCCGCCUUUUCAAGAUUAUGGCCAAAUCUUUUUCCAAGAGGUGGCAGAAUGGAGAAAUCAGUAAUUUCCAGUACCUGAUGCAUCUCAAUACUCUUGCUGGCCGUGGGUACAGCGAUCUCACUCAAUAUCCAGUUUUCCCAUGGGUUCUUGCGGAUUACGAGAGUGAUAUUCUGGAUUUGACAAAUCCUAGAUCUUUCCGCAAGCUUAAUAAACCAAUGGGAUGCCAAACUGUGGAGGGAGAAGAGGAGUUCAAGAAGAGAUAUGAAAGCUGGGAUGAUCCAGAUGUCCCAAAAUUUCACUAUGGUUCGCACUAUUCUAGUGCUGGGAUUGUUCUUUUCUAUCUUUUGAGACUGCCUCCAUUCAGUACUGAAAACCAAACUCUACAAGGCGGUCAGUUUGACCAUGCUGAUCGGCUAUUCAACAGUGUUAGAGAUACAUGGUUAAGUGCUGCUGGUAAGGGAAACACUUCAGAUGUGAAGGAAUUAAUACCAGAGUUCUUUUACAUGCCGGAGUUUCUAGAAAAUCGAUUUAAUCUUGACUUGGGGGUAAAGCAAUCAGGAGAGCAGGUUGGUGAUGUUGUUCUACCCCCAUGGGCCAAGGGCAGUACCAGAGAGUUCAUAAGGAAACACAGGGAAGCAUUGGAAUCAGAUUAUGUUUCUGAGAAUUUGCAUCACUGGAUAGACCUUAUCUUUGGGUACAAGCAAAGGGGAAAGGCUGCUGAAGAAGCCACCAACGUCUUCUAUCAUUACACAUACGAAGGAAGCGUUGAUAUCGACUCAGUUUCUGAUCCAGCCAUGAAAGCCUCUAUCCUUGCUCAAAUCAACCAUUUCGGCCAAACUCCAAAGCAACUAUUUCUCAAACCCCAUGUCAAACGCCGCACCGACCGGAAAACCCCACCACAUCCCCUCCGCUACUCUGCCCACCUUGUUCCCCAACUUAUCCGUAAGUCCACUUCAUCAAUAUCCCAAAUCGUCACGUUUCACGAAAAAAUCCUUAUCGCCGGAUCAAACACCCUCCUAAAACCUUCAACUUAUACGAAGUACAUAUCAUGGGGAUUCCCUGAUAGGAGUCUUAGAAUUCUAAGUUACGACCAAGAUCGGCUCUUGUCGACUCAUGAAAGCCUUCAUGGUGGAAACCAAAUCCAAUGUACCGGAGUGAGCCAUGACGGUAAGGUUCUUGCUACUGGAGGUGAUGACGGUGUUAUUUCGGUAUGGCAGUUUUCAAAAGAUGGGAUCCGCAGUCAGAGACGGCUUCACUUAGAGCGGGCCCUCUCGGCACACACCGCCAGAAUUACUUGCCUCCAUGUUUGCCAACCCUACUCUUUAAUUGUGACUGGAUCUGAGGACUGCACGGUGAUUCUGUGGGACUUAACGAAUUUGGUCUUUGUAAGGCAGUUGCCUGAGUUUCCGGUGUCAGUGUCGGCCGUGCAUGUUAAUGAACUUACUGGCGAGAUCUUGACGGCUGCUGGAGUUCUUCUAGCGGUUUGGAGCAUUAAUGGAGAUUGCCUGGCAGUAGUAAACACAUCACAACUUCCAUCUGAUCAGAUAUUAUCGGUAGCAAGCACGACAUUUUCAGAUUGGCAGGAGAUAAACUGGUAUGUAACAGGUCACCAGAGUGGAGCGGUGAAGGUAUGGAAUAAGAUGCAUCAUACAGAGGAAACUUUAGCGAGCGUGAGUAGUGGCCAUAGGUCAACAUCUUCGAAUGGUGGGACCGGAGGGCUAAAAUUGGGAGAAAAUUUGCCAGAGUAUCAGCUGGUGCUUCAUAAAGUGCUCAAGUAUCAUAAGCAUCCAGUGACUGCACUGCAUCUAACAGGCGAUCUGAAACAUUUGCUAAGUGGAGAUUCGGCUGGGCACUUGAUUUCUUGGACUUUGCCAGAUGAGAGCUUCAGGUGACAGUGAUUUAUAAGUAUUUGAUUUAUCGAUUACUGAUAUUUUCGGUAUAUAUCUGGGUGCUUGCCGAGAGUUCCUAGUUGCCAACACGCACGGGCUGGCCUAGAAUGACUUGGUUAAAGAAAGGCACGAGCAGUCGGAGAUUGGAUACAUGAAUUAUUGAAAUUGAUGAAGGUGGGGAGAAGAGGUUUUGGUGAGUUUGUUGUACUUUGUUCAUGGUUUACCUGUUUUUGUUGUAAAUAGGUGGUGACCAAAUUGAACUAUAAUUGUAUACCAUGAUUUAUAGAAUGUAAAAGGAAUCGAAAAUUAGAGGGUGAGGGAUUUUGGAACUCUCCCUUUUCUUUGUUUUCCCCCUCCCUUUCUUGUGGUGAGUUGUGAAAGAUGACGGUGUAUCCCUUUAGUUUUGGAUGUUUCUCCGUUUAAUUCUUUUGUAUGGGUGAUUAUUUGCACCCCUUUUUAAUUAUGGUUUAUUUCUGUCACGCC